GGCUCUGUUGGGGCAUGUCCUGGGGCAAAGGAGCAGGGUUUUUCAAGCAAAGCAGGGAGCUUUAAGCUUAUAAUCUUCUAUGAUUUCUUCUGAUGGUUUUGGUCAAUGCCCUGUACUUGGAGCCUAGAGCCACCAAGGUUAUGUUUGAGAGGAUGAGGAUGAGGAUGAAGGAGGAAGAAAGAGGAAGAGAGACCUUUGCUUCUGAACCAAGCAGGGUAGCUGACAGGCAGCAUGCAGCAGCCACAACCACCACUCCUGAAGCACCAUCACCAACGGCAGCCACUAGCGCAGAACAAGAAUCUGUGAGGUCAUGUAUGAGUGUUGUCAGUGAGAGGCUAAGGAGGUUGAAUACAAAUUCAUCGAUCCUUUCUUAAUGUACUGACUCUAAUGGCUCUCAACUGGCAGCUGGUUUCUAGUGUACCUAGCUAGGCCAACGGCUCUCUACAGCUCGUUAAUGUCACAGUGCUUUUAGGUGCUAGGUUAUGUUGGAUAAUAGGGGUAUCUAAGAUUCAGC